AUGGCCAGCAAGGCAAAGUCGAGGUGGGCAGACACGGCAGAAGACGCCAAGUUGGAUGCAAGGCUGAAGCAGGAAAAGGAAGAGAAGCGUCGAAAGAAGGCGGAGAGGGCGCGUAGGAUUGAGGCGGACAAACAAACCGCCCUUGCGUCGUCUUCUCGAGGUGCAGAGUCCGGUCGCGGCGACGACGACGAUGCCGGCAGACCGUCCAAACGACGCAGACUCACCCCCGAGGCCCAAGCCAGGGAGACCGUCGCCGCACAAGGAACCGCAACCAGCAAUGGCAACGACCCUACACCGGUAAAGCUCCUGCGGUUCGAGGACACGAGGACUUGGGGCAAAAGUCGCAGCGUCGACAACUACGACAAGCUCAACGACAUCGAAGAAGGCACAUACGGCUGGGUCGCAAGGGGGGCAGAGCGUGCGACUGGGAAAAUCGUGGCCCUCAAGAGACUGAAGCUGGAGCCUUCGGAUCGAAACGGUCUGCCGGUGACGGGGCUCAGAGAGAUCCAGAUCCUGCAGGACUGCAAGCACCGCAACGUCGUGCGCCUAGAGGAGGUUGUCGUCGGCGAGGACACUUCCAAGCUGGACAACUCCAUAUUCCUCGUCCUCGAGUUCGUCGAGCACGACCUCAAGGGCAUCCUGCAAGACAUGCCCGAGCCCUUCCUCUCCUCCGAGGUCAAGCGGCUGCUGCUCCAACUCACAUCGGGCGUGUCCUAUCUCCACGAGAACUGGAUCCUCCACCGGGACCUCAAAACAUCCAACCUCCUCCUGAACAACCGCGGCCUGCUCAAGAUUGCCGACUUUGGCAUGGCCCGCUACGUCGGCGAUCCACCCCCCAGACUGACCCAACUCGUCGUCACCCUGUGGUACCGCGCUCCCGAACUGCUCCUGGGAACAAAGACGUACGAUGCAGCAGUCGACAUGUGGAGCGUCGGCUGCAUAUUCGGCGAGCUCAUCACGUGCGAGCCCCUGCUCCAGGGCUCCAACGAGGUCGAUCAAAUGUCCAAGAUUUUCGAGCUGUGCGGCGUGCCGACCGAGGAAUCCUGGCCCGGGUUCCGGACGCUUCCCAACGCGAGGAGCCUUCAGCUCCCCAAGAACGCCCUCACCACCGGGUCCGUGGUGCGCGCGCGGUUCCCCAGCAUGACCGCCGCCGGGGCGAGCCUCUUGAACGACUUGUUGGCUCUGAACCCAGGCCGGCGGCCGUCGGCAAGCGAGAUGCUCGACCACGAGUACUUCCGGCAGGAUCCUAAACCAAAGCCCGAGAGCAUGUUCCCGACGUUCCCCAGCAAGGCAGGCCAGGAGCGGAGACGUCGACAUGAGCCGAAUGCGCCCGUCAGAGGACAAGCAGUCGCCCUGGGAGACGUUGACCUGAGCGGCAUCUUCCAGGGACGGGACAAGGAAGCGCGUGGAGCUGGCUUCACACUGCGGAUGGUGUGA